AUGAAGGUCAUUGUUGCGGGGCUAUGCAGGACAGGAACGAUGUCGAUGAAUAUAGCUCUUCGCCAGCUGGGCUUCACAACCUGCCAUUUGACCGAGCAGAUGGAAGAUCCGAAACGGUAUUUCACACUCUGGACCGAAGCAAUGAACUGCAAUUUCUUGAACAAAGGCCGACCCUAUGGUCGAGAGGAAUUCGACCGCCUCUUGGGUGAAUACGAUGCCUGCCUCGACAUGCCCUGUUGUCUCUUCUGGAAAGAGCUUCACCAGGCAUAUCCAGACGCCAAAAUCAUCCUCACUAAUCGAAGCGUCGACUCCUGGAUGGACUCGAUGCAUAAAACGAUUUUCCCUUAUAUCCAGCGAUGGCACACGCAGGCCCUGAAAUUCCUUGAUUCCGAUAUGACGCGGCCGAUCGUUGUGAUGAUGGAAACGUCAUUUAAGGUACUUUGCAACAACGACUAUGGAGAAAGAUGCCGCCAGGCCUAUAUCAAUCACUAUGAAAAAGUCAGGAGUACGAUUCCUAAGGACCAGCUUCUCGACUUUAAUUUUGGCGACGGCUGGGAGCCGCUUUGUAAAUUUCUGGGAGUUCCUGUCCCGGAUGGUUCGUUUCCCAAAACAAAUUCCGCCGAUAUGUUUAACGCCAACGUGGAAGCAGAAUUGUGGAAUACGGUCCGGGGCUCGGCCAAGUUAGUCGGCACGUAUUUGAUACCAGCUGUUGCAAUUUCAGCUGGGGUAUGGUUGUGGGCUGCCUGA